CGGAGGAGCAAUGGUCACCCGGGAUCGAGCUGAGAAUAGGGACGGCCCCAAGAUGCUGAAGCCGCUUGUAGAGAAGCGGCGCCGGGACCGCAUCAACCGUAGUCUGGAAGAGCUGAGGCUGCUGCUACUGGAGCGGACCCGGGACCAGAACCUCCGGAACCCGAAGCUGGAGAAAGCAGAGAUACUGGAGUUCGCCGUGGGCUACUUGAGGGAGCGAAGCCGGGUGGAGCCCCCGGGGGUUCCCCGGUCCCCAGCCCAGGACGCCGAGGCGCUCGCCAGCUGCUACUUGUCCGGUUUCCGCGAAUGCCUGCUUCGCUUGGCGGCUUUCGCGCACGACGCCAGCCCCGCCGCCCGCGCCCAGCUUUUCUCUGUGCUGCACGGCUACCUGCGCCCCAAACCGCCCCGGCCCGAGCCGAUAGAUGCGAGGCCUCCAGCGCCACGUCCACCGCUGGACCCCGCCGCACCAACCCUUGGCUCAGCGCUGCAUCAGCGCCCCCCAGUGCACCAGGGUCCCCCCAGCCCGCGCUGCGCGUGGUCCCCAUCCCACUGCUCCCCACGCUCUGGGGAUUCCGGCGCGUCAGCGCCCCUCACCGGACUGCUGCCGCCGCCGCCGCCACCUUACAGACAAGACGGGGCGCCCAAGGCCCCGCCGCUCCCACCGCCCGCUUUCUGGAGACCUUGGCCCUGAGCUUUGGAGGGAUGGGAGCAGAGGCUGGGGGUGGGGUAGAGACUCCAGCCUGAGGGCAGCAGAGGGACCCGGGCGUCCGGGCGAGGUGUUGGGGAGGGCGGCGGGGCGCGCGGGCUCAGCGCGCGGGUGAGAUGUGGUCUAUAUUAGAGUAUCUAUAUAAAUAUAUAUUUCCCUGGUUCCUGUCCCUUUUCCCUGCCCCACUACCCUGCGUCUAGGAUUGUACCCUCUCUGCUCCAGCCCAGUCCUAGUCCCUUCCCAAGUCCCUAGUGCAUGGAAUAAAGUGGUUAUUAAAUCCCCGUGUGUCCCCGAGCCAGGGGCCUGCCUUUAUCUCGGCGUCCACACCCACUUUCCUUUCCCUUCUGUCUCCCAUCCCCAGUCCUGCUCUCCACAGCCCAAGCUCCGGGGCAGACAGGUAAGUAAAGAAGAGAGCAGAGUGGAGCCUGAGGUUGGAACUGAAACCAAGUAAAAAACAGAUAUAGGGAAUGGCGAAGGAGAUGAGGGCCUUUAAGUGAAAGCCGAAAAAAGAAAAGAAAUAAAACCGACUCUGGUGGGAUUCGAACCCACAACCUUUGAAUCGCUUUUUCGUCACUAGAAGUCCAAUGCGCUAUCCAUUGCGCCACAGAGCCACCUGGCGGGCGGCGGCGUCUCGCCGCUUACGGGUACUAGCAUGGAAAGGGGUGGGGGGGCGGAGGGGAGUGUGCGAGGAAAUUGGGCGGGGCGUACCAGGAGCUGGUGAUUAAGAGCUCAGAAGCCAGCCGGGAAGUAGCCAGCACAAAGCACGUGAGCCAGGUGUCAGUGAGGGCACGCAGGCAAGCAAAGAUCAGGGAGCGAGUGCAACCGAAGUUGAGCUACCGAGCGAGUGCAAAACUCUGGCUGCCCGCUUGGGGAGUGCAACCAGCUCAGGUGUACUCCAUUACUAGAUGGGGUCUCACCAAAUAAACUUGUUUUGUUGUAAAUU